CGCCGUCCUAGUCUGGGCAAGUCCGUUCAUUCGCACGGAAAGAGAAAGUUCGCUUCUGUCGUUUAGGCAUUUAUUUUUAUUCCGUUGCGACCGAGUGUGGUCCGUAUCCGAGAGCACCCAGGGCACCACCGCUUUUUUGUUUUUUUGUUUCUCGGUGUCGGUGUCGCUAAUGCCCGGCUGAACAGUAACCAACGCCCGCGCCGGACAAAUAACAUUCCGAGAGCCAAAUCCACCGGGAGCAGAACAUCUCGUGCUACGUCAGACCGAUAGACGCGCGGGCCGUUUUCGCGUUUCUUCCCAGUCAGAGCCUCAGAAGACUCAGCUCUCGAACUCAAACAGACGAGUUAAGCGGCAGGCGUUAAGCAGCCCAACCUUUGCCCCAGAAACCGCGACCAUCAAACGAUUUCCACAAUGAACAUACCCAAUCAGUACCUGGAAAAGACAGAAGACGUGGCCGACCAGGUAAUCCGUAAAAUGAAACACGUCUUGCCGCACGUCGCCCGAUUAUGCCUGAUAGCAACAUUCCUCGAGGAUGGGAUCCGCAUGUGGGUGCAAUGGAACGAGCAGCGUGAGUACAUGGACAUGAACUGGGGAUGUGGCAAAUUUCUAGCCACGAUGUUCGUGUUGAUCAACCUCGUCGGCCAGAUCGGCGGCUGCGUGAUGGUGCUCGGUCGCCUAAAGGUGAGCAUCGCCUGCUGGCUGCUGUUCGGCAUCGUCGUGCUGCAAACCGUCGCCUACUCGGUGCUGUGGGACAUUCAGUUUCUGCUCCGCAACCUAGCCCUGAUAGGUGCGCUGCUACUCGUACUAGCAGAAUCCCGUGGCGAAGCGCGGUCACUGUUCGCCGGUGUACCGUCACUGGGUGAAAACAAACCGAAAAACUUCAUGCAACUUGCCGGGCGCGUCCUGCUUGCAUUUAUGUUCAUCACUCUGAUCCGAUUCGAGCUCAGCUUUCUGCAGAUCGUGCAGGACAUCGUCGGCUCGAUCCUAAUGGUACUGGUUACUGUUGGCUAUAAGACCAAGCUUUCAGCCUUGAUUCUGGUGGCACUGCUGACGGUGCUGAACCUCUACCACAACGCCUGGUGGACCAUACCAGCGUACAAGCCGCUGCGCGACUUUCUCAAGUACGACUUCUUCCAGACCCUAUCCGUCAUCGGGGGGCUGCUGAUGAUUGUGUCUCUCGGUCCUGGUGGUGUGUCGAUGGAUGAGCACAAGAAAAAGUGGUAAUCUGGUGGCCAGCCAUCAGAGUAUACUGCCCUCCUAAUGCAGCGAACCUUUCAGCGCCAGGUAGUUGCGUAAAGGAAAACAAAACCGGUAGAACCAAACAGGAUCAGGAUGUGGUGGUGGACAGAGUAUUGAAAAUCUGGCUUACUGAACGGUGGAGACGAUCGCCAGCUCAACGAUUUGGCUUACAUCAUAAUAAUGUGCUUGAAAUUUCAAUGUACACACUCCCCCAUACGUACAGCCGGCUGCGCUGGCCUGCACUGUACAACCUACACACGACGUCACAGCAAAAUGUACAGCCAAAAACAUGUCACAAUGCAAUUGAAGAAUUUAUCUAUUUUGCAGACUUAGAACAGAGAUACCUUAAAAAAUAUUGAAUUAACUAAAAUGACAUUCGAACAAUGUACGUUCUCACUGAAAAAAGAAGAAGUUCAAACUGACAUCGAGCCUGUGUGUAGAUAGGUAGGGAUAUAAUUUUAAUGAAUUGAAUAACAAGUAACACCCAUCAUACAAAGCAGCCACCCGUGGCAUGCUAACAAGCGAACGCGUUUCAGGACCUCUAUUUGUUUCGCACAGCACUAGCGUUCUUUUAGCGUGCAGCAGAUGAAUGUUUUCAUUAAAGAAUAAACUAACUAUUUUAAAGCCAUCGUCCCAUCGGCCCAUCGCUCACGGAUAGAGACAAAAAGAAAAGAAUUUACAAAAAACAGGUGCUGGGCCAUAGCAACCCCGAAUUACAGACCUCCAACAAUCACGGUGUGGGAAAAAUGGAAGACUGACCACAAUGCACCGGUUUAGAAACCAAUAGAAUAUAAAUAGAAAACAGGCGCAUGGCGAUGCAAAGUAAAGAACGAAACCUUAAUGCGAAGCAGACAGAAUAACAAGUGAAACGGAAUACAUCUCGAAGUUUGAAGUCCCAGCAAAAUGGCAAGAAGCAAAAAUUAUAAACGGUAAAACGUAUUCGUCGAAGACGACAAGCCUAUAAGGAGCGAUAGAUCCUGCCACUGAUUAGUUUUGUUUGUCAUAACUGUUUGUAAUUGUCAUAGUUAUUUUCGCAGCAAAAUUUACUUAACAAACCGUA